GCAGCCCAAGUAACGGGUGUAGGGUGAAGUUGCCCCUUGACACCGAUCUUGGGUCAGUUUAGCGUUUUAUUGACUAAUGUUUAAGGGUAGGAUUGGGGGAAGGGAAGCUGAUUCUAGAUCUGUACCUAGGGAAAACUUCCCCCCUGGACAGAGUGGAUGGGACUAGGGCCUCUAUUUCUUAUCCUUGUGAGACCAGUAGGUCACCCUAGUUGCUAAACUCAUUAUGAAAUCCAGUGUAUAAAACAUUAGGAACACCUGCCGCGGUGGUGGAGUUUGGGUUUUAGAAGAGGUUACAACGGUCGGUGUGGGAAGUACCUAAAGAAAGAGCGCAGAGGAACACUCAAUAAUUCAUUGUGCAGCCUUCACCAGCCUGUGCAUAGACUACCGGAACAGAUCGGAAAGAGUGAAGCAGCAGGUGGUGAUGGUGGCAAAUAGCAGUAUCCAGAGUCCAGAGGGAGGCAAGGCUGCAGCUCUAGCCACAGGCUGAGGGAUUCCAUGGACACUCAUUAACUCAAUGCCACAAAACCGGGAUUGAGUGGGAAGUCUGGGAACAUCGGCCAGCGGAGGACUGAAUGGGCGGGUCACUAACUGACUGACAGACUGCUAUGGAAGGAGCGGGAUCCACUAGAAUCUCUGUAUGUAACUCUCAGCUCAUUUCCCCAGGGGGAGUUGAGCUGGGAUCGCUCGGCUAGGAUUAGAGACCAGUGCAGAGAGUGCCUGCCUCUGCCAUUCCAUACUUCUAUCUGUAGCAGGCACAUUUGGGGCAUUGCUAUGGCAACGGGUGUAGAGUUGUCUCAUCACUUGCUCUACUAUCUCUGAUAUCUGCGGUAGAUGGCACAAGCUUGACUACUGUACACGUUGUUAUAUUCUCUUCGUUCAACAGUGAUACACUUGAAAUUCUAUGGAGCUUAUUCCAGGAAAAACGUAAUCGCAAUCAAAUCCAUGCAUGUUGAUCUAUGCUAUUAUAAAACACAUUUCUAUUUUAAGUAAUAACCAUUUUACAGAUGGGAUUAUUUACUUAUGUGUAUGUAUGACACUAGUUUAUUUGCUUUAUUUUCAAAUCAUGUACGUUCCUUUCUGAUUUCUUGACCUCGUCAUGCAAUAACUGGUGGAGGUCACCUGAGCCAUGGCCAAACAGGACUCCCUGCUGUUCCUCCAUGGCUUUGACCUGGGGGGCCUCUUCAUAGAUCCCCGGCCCCUGGGCAGCGGGGCCACUGGUCUGGUUCUGUCCGCUGUGGACAAGCGCAGUGGUCAACGGGUGGCUGUGAAGAAGCUGGUGAUGCGUGACGUGGUCAGCGUGAAGCACGCCCUGCGGGAGGUCAAGAUCACACUGCGCCUGCAGCACGAGAACGUGGUGCGCGUGCACGAGGUGCUGGGCCCCUACGGCCGCCCACUUCAUUGCGAUCCAGCCCAGCAGAGCGCCCUGUACAUCGUCCAGGAGUGCAUGGAGACGGACCUAGCUCACCUGCUGGAGCAGGGGCCAUUUCCUAGCGGGCACACCACUCUGCUCUUCUACCAGCUCCUUCGAGGCCUCAAGUUCAUCCACUCAGCCAACGUGCUGCACCGUGACCUCAAACCAGCCAACAUCUUCCUCAACACAGACCAGUUAUUGCUCAAGAUCGGCGACUUUGGCCUGGCCAGAAUCGUUGACCCACACUACUCCCAUAAGGGCUACCUGUCAGAGGGCUUGGUGACUAAAUGGUAUCGGUCUCCACACCUGUUGCUCUCUCCCAACAACUACACCAAGGCCAUUGAUAUGUGGGCAGCUGGCUGCAUCCUCGCAGAGAUGCUAACAGGACGCAUGCUCUUUGCAGGAGCCCAUGAACUGGAGCAGAUGCAGCUGAUCCUGGACACGGUGCCUGUGUUGAGGGAAGAGGACCGCCUGGACCUCCUGCAGGUCAUGCCCUCCUACAUCAGCCAUGGCUGGAAGGUCAAGAGGUCAUUUAGGGAGCUGUUCCCUGAGGUGGAUUCGGAUGCCAUUGAUUUUCUGGAGCGUAUCUUGACCUUUAACCCCAUGGACCGGCUGACGGCAGAGGAGGCCCUGUCCCAUCCCUUCCUGCAGCAGUACUCAUUUCCUCAGGACGAGCCCAUGUCGCCCCAGCCCUUCCACAUAGAGGACGAGCUGGAUGAUAGCCUGGUCACGGAGCCUGGCCACAGUCACAGCCAGGCCUUUAGCUCUCACUGGGACAGGAAUGAGACCAGCCUGUCAUCAGACUUGUGCUGGCAGCAGCAGGGUGGAUGUCAGUGCAUGCCUGGGGUCUCGGAGGUGGGCGGCCCAGAAGAGCAGGAGGUCCUGAGGGAUCCUAAGGCAGGCUCUAACCCCUUGUUGGAAGAGGCCCAGGUGGACCCUCGCAAGUAUUCCAACAGCAGCUCCGCCGAGCGCUUCCUGGACCACUCCCACUCCUCUCUGGAGCGUGCUUGUGGGAGCGGGGCCUACACUGAGAUGGACUGUGGCCGCUCCUGUGACUACAAAGUGGGCUCUCCUUCCUAUCUAGAUAAGAUCGCGUGGAGGGAAGACAAGCCGCAGCACUACUCCGAGCCCAAACUGAUCCUGGACCUGUCUCACUGGAAGAGGAACAGCCAGCUGCCGGUGCCUGAGCCUAGAGGGGCCAAUGUGGAGGAGCUGCCUGUAAAGGAGUCGCCUGAGGACCUAUUCCAGGAGAUCUCUCGCUGGGUGGAGAGCACUCAGUCUCGCCUCCACUCCCCCAGCCUGCCCCAGGAACCCCUGCCCUACCCCAGCUCACCCCCGCUGCCCCUCUCUCCUACUUCCCUCCCCGCCCCCCUCUUCCACUGCUGUUCGCCGGUCAUACGGCCGUCAGCUGGACUGGACGAGGACGAAACACUCAGCCCACCUGCCUCGUCCCGCUCCCCUCCCUCAUCUCCUCCGUCAAUGUCACCGCCGAUUCCUUCGUCGAUCCAUGAGCGCCUCCAGAUGCUUCCCUCCAGGGGGCAAGGGGGCCCGUUUGACCUGGAUGUGUUCAUCACUCGAGCCCUGAAGCUGUGUGGUCAGAGUGAGGACCUGGGUGGAAACCCAGACGGGGCCAAACAGGCCAACAUCAAUGGCGUAUCCAGGCUCCCAGAGCGCAGGUCAUCCCCAAGUCAGACUCCCAACUCCUGAAAGGAUGGGUCCAAGGAAACGCAGAGAGCACUGGUAGACUGAAUAGUGAAAGAUUGUAGAAAAAGGGAAGUUGCACAUGAUUUAAUGGGUAAAAUAGUUUUUUAUUUACCCAUAAAUCAUUGGGGUGUGCAACUGUCUUUACUUGUUCGUUUUACAGUAUCUAACCGAAAGGUUAUGUAAUAGGCCUAUGUUGCAUAAAAGCAGCGAUCGUACUCAUUACAAGAAUGCCUGCAAAUGAUCAACAUUUGGUUGGAGAGAGGAAUUCCCAGGUAUUCCAUAGCAGAAUAGGUUGAAGUGAACGCAACCAGCUAUAUUUAUUUAAAUGUCUGUUGAAAUUACUCUUUUAAACAUAACCCUUUCGUUAAGAUAUCUUCAGAAUGUGAGUAGCUAUACAGUAGGUCUUCCUGCAGCAAAUAGCUAUUUAGAAUGAUACAAAUAUCUUCCAUUUAGUGGGAAGUAUUUCCUAUAAAGAAAGAUGUGUAUUUAUAGAUACACAUCAUAGCAUAAUAACAGUUAUCGCUGGUCCAGGGCGUUAGUGUGCGUUCCUACACUAAGGAACGUGUUAGUGGAGGAACGCUCACUAAUGACCUGGACCAGAGCUAAAGAACAGAUAAAGGGAGAUGGCCCCUGGGAAUCCUAGAAUGAUGUUGAUCCUUUUCAACGUUUUACUGUGAACUCUGCUGCUGAGCUUUCCAACAGUAUGCCUUGUAAAAUUGUAUACAUUGAACUACUGUUUCUUGCAGCAUCUUCCAGAUGCAUGUAAUUGUUUGUUGACAGUUUAAGGUACAGCUUUUGUGGAUUUUUGUUUGUUAUUAUUUAGCUGAAAAGGAGUUCUCACGGUAAUACAGUAAGAUAUCUCUGUCUAGCUUCUGCACACUCACGUUCUCAUCACAGGGAGAUAUCAACAGAACAGUGACAACACUGUAGUCAGCCUAUAGCUGAUUAUCGUCACCAAGCUGACAUCAGAAAGCCUUCGGAGUAGUCAUGCACAAGGACCAACAGCUAAAAGGUCACACACUCCUCAUCAAGCACUCUACACUCCUUGGCUGCGUCCCAAACUGCACCCUAUUAUUCCCUUUUCACCAAAGCCCUUUGGGGGUGAAAGGCCCAUUAGUCAAAAAUGUGAUUGUCCUGUGUUUUUAUAUAUAUUUCUACAAUAUGAGGUUGCAAUAAUAUUGUGAAAUUGAUGAUGCCCUUUUAGUGUAAGAGCAGUUUGAAAAGACCGCCUGAAAUGUGCCUGUUUUGGUGGGCUGGAGUUUUGGCCUUUCCAUGGUGACGUCACCAUGAGGUAAAUUAGUUAAUAGACCAAUAAGAAAGAGUUCCAAACCUCUCUGCCAAUAACAGCUUGAUUUCAGUUUUCCCCUCCCCACUCCCAGACAGUCUAGCGGAAUUCUUGCUAAGAAGCUAUCUUUGUUGAUUUUUGACAAUUUUUAAUUGAAAACAAUCACAGUAAGGUACUUCAUUGUUACCCAUAAGUGAUUUGAUAUUGAGAUAAAAAUGGCUCCAUUGGACCUUUUUUAAGGUUCCAAUUGGGGGACAGCCCUUGUCUCCUGCUUUUACCAUCGUUCCUACUAGUCAAUUACAGCUAAAGUUCCAGAAUGGUUGGAAUUCAUAAUGAUAUUAUACUCCUGAGUCAUGAGCAAUUAAUCAUUGCACAAUAUCACGUGACAUUAUAAAGGGGACACAAUAAGCUAGCAUAGUCAAUUCUGGGAAUUGCAGGGUGCAAACUGUUUUCAGAGCAGUGCAAUGUCAUUUUAACAUACAAAAAGCACAUCGGACAGACACUGCCAGGGACCAGGUUCUUAAAGGCCAAUUAGGCUUCAUGUGCAGUUUCAGAUGCUAUCUGGGCCAGUCCAUGUUAUUUUAUUGGUAAAAAAGGAGUCUGUAAUAAUAUCAGAAAUAUCUUAUUAGAUCCAAUGUGCUUGUUGAGACAGAAUUAUGUUCCUUUUAGUCUGGGAGUCAGGUUAUGAAUGUGCCUCAGAAUAGGCCUACAGCUCAAUGCUUCCAGCUCACUGAAUGUAAUAGCUUGAUCCUUGAUGAAAACUGUCAAAUGAUUUUAACUAUAUAAAUUGUGGACCAUCUUAACUUGAGGGUGGUCUGCUUGUAUCACAUAUGGUAGAAUCUGCAGCUUUCAAAGCAGAAAUCAAUUUGCACUAUCCCUUUCGCAGUUCCUCUUUUGCUGAUCAACUAAAAAUAAAAGUUUACUAAA